AUGAAGAGAUCCAGACCUUCCAGUUCAAGCUCUAACGCUUUGAACUACGGGUUUGAUGACGGUCGACGAUCCCGAACCGAGGAGGAAAGAGACAGCAACCCGGUCAAGAGACCCAAGCCGAAUAAUGUUCCACAUGGCACCAUACCGAUGCAAUCUCACGACAUUAGACCGUCACAGAGCCUGGUAACGGAAUACAACACGUCUGGGAGCGAAUCAAUCCAAAUGAACGACCAAGAGCGCAGUGUGGAGAUUCAGAAGCUGAAGGAAAAGCUGUCGAUGUUAGAGAGGUCUUCUGAUCGAGAAUGUCAAGGCGCGCCAUACUCGCCUGUGCGACCCAACCUCAACGACUUCAAGUCAGGGUCCUACUCUGAUCCUCAGAAGCUCGAGUAUCAGCACGGCAUGCACCCUGAUCGUGACGAGCAACUCGUCAGGCCUCCCUCCAGACAUCGAAGCAGCUCCAUCGACCGGGCUGGUUGGAACGAAAACCGCUCCGAUCACGUAGGCUCCUUUGGCCGUGACCAUCGUAACGACACCCAUAGAGAUACACAGCGAUCCGUUGCUUCCCAGUCGGGUAUCCAGAGGGGGGGGUAUCACCAAGGUUCCUCUACGAAAUCAUUCCGAGGCACCUCCAGUAGUAGAUACAACGCCAAUCGUGCCCACCAUACACAGCAAAGGCCACACGACAGAAACUCCCAAGACGAAGCGAGAUCGGCGCCGCCUAACGCUCCCGUGGCUCCCGCAGCGAAUUCGAAAGCUGCCCAACGCCUGAGCAGCGCUGGUCAGAAGCGAAACAAGGUCUACCACGACACCGACAUCCGCCGCCACAAGCCGCCCUUUCAUGGCAAAGUGAAGAUGACAAGCGAGGAGCAGACCCAGAACCAAAUUACUACCUCGCAAUUCCUGUACGGUGAUCGCUUUGACCCUAACAACACCUGCUCCAACUGCGGCCACGCCGGACAUUGGCUCGGCGACUGCGUCUUUCCCGACGACAACGGCACCAUCAUGGGAUGUCCGAUCCAUAACACGAAGCUUCACGUCCUCGACGACUGCCCAGACCUGCCGCACAUGAGCUUGCAGCAGCGCGUGACAAUCAUGGUCGUGCGCAGGAGGAACAAGCCCGCGAUCCGGUCGAGGAAGCCGUGGAUCGAGUUUGUCAAGGAAGCUAUGGGCCAGGGCCUAGAGGAGCUGGUCUGGGCGCCCUCGGUGUGGACGCAGGAGUUUGUGUUGCGCAUGAUUCACGACCGCAAAGCCCAUCAGCCGUGGCUCGACUUCGAUUACGGACGGGACCUCGUGUCCAAGUUGCCUGUCGAUCCGGAGACACAGGGAGAUCUUAGGUCUUUGCUCCGGAAGUGUUCUUUGUGGGACCAGGUUCAUAGGCCUGUCCGUCAGGCUCGCUGA